AUCAAUUUACAAGCAUGAAGAUUGAAGAGGUCAAGAGCACAACUAGGACUCAAAGAGUCGCUACCCAUUCCCAUAUCAAAGGUCUUGGGUUAAAUGAUGAUUUCACAGCCAAAGAGAUCUCUCAUGGGCUCUGUGGGCAGGAAAAGGCAAGAGAAGCUGCAGGAAUCGUCGUGGAUUUGAUAAAAUCAAAGAAAAUGGCUGGAAAAGCACUCCUUCUAGCUGGUGCUCCUGGAACAGGAAAAACAGCCAUCGCUCUGGCAGUUGCACAAGAAAUCGGGUCUCAAGUUCCCUUCUGUCCAAUGGUUGGUUCCGAAGUCUACAGUACAGAAGUCAAGAAAACCGAGAUAUUGAUGGAGAAUUUUAGAAGAGCAAUUGGAAUUAGAAUCAAAGAGACUAAGGAAGUAUGGGAGGGUGAAGUCACUGAGAUCACUCCUGAAGAAAAGGAAGAUCCCCAUGAUGGAUACGGCAAAGUCGUAGAAGGAGUCAUCCUUAGUUUAAAAACAACUAAAGGAUCAAAGCAGCUCAGAUUGGAUCCAAGUGUGUAUGAGAAUAUGCAAAAGGAAAAGAUCACUGUUGGUGAUGUUAUCUAUAUUGAAGCCACUUCUGGUGCCGUCAAAAGAGUAGGAAGAAGCGAUGCCUACGCAGCAGAAUAUGAUCUUGAAGCAGAAGAAUAUGUCCCAAUCCCAAAAGGAGACGUUCAUAAGAAAAAAGAAGUAGUUCAAGAUGUCACCCUUCACGAUUUAGAUGUAGCUAAUGCUAAACCACAAGGCGGACAAGACUUCUUCUCACUGAUGAAUCAAGUUAAUAGACAGAAAAAGACUGAAAUAACAGAGAAAUUGAGACUUGAGAUCAAUAAGGUAGUCAAUAAGUAUAUUGACCACGGAAUCGCUGAGCUCGUUCCAGGAGUAUUGUUCAUCGAUGAGGUUCAUAUGCUCGAUAUUGAAUGUUUCACAUAUCUGAACAGGGCUUUAGAAAGUAAUCUGGCACCUAUUGUAAUUUUUGCUACAAAUAGAGGAAAAUGUACUAUCAGAGGAACUGAGAUGAAGAGUCCUCAUGGUGUUCCAGUUGAUCUUCUUGACCGUCUGCUUAUUAUUAAGACUCUCCCAUACUCGAUCAACGAAAUAGUACAGAUUCUUUCCAUCAGAUGUUCCACUGAGAAUAUCGAAAUUGACGAAGACGCUCUUGCUCAUUUAGCAGCAAUUGGAACUAAGACUUCUCUCAGAUAUGCAGUGCAGUUAAUUUCUCCAUCAAAUAUUUUAGCAGAGACAGACGGAAGGGAGAAGAUUAAUAAGGAAGAUAUUGAUGAAGUCAACAGCCUCUUUUUCGAUGCCAAGUCAUCUGCAAAAAUCCUCCAAGAACAAGCUGACAAGUUCAUAUCUUAAGGCAAAUAGAAGGGGCUUCACUUCAAUUAU